AUGAGAGCUCUGCAUUUCUCAGAGGGCUCGAGCUCUGCCUCGCCGAGAGCAUGGUCCUGCUGCUCAACGACUGGGCGCAAGACGAGCUGGGCCGACAAGGGCAGCGGCAGCGCGAAGAAGCGCGACGCCUUGUGGUACCUCAAGAACAUCGAAUCGCACGCGCUCAUGUACCACCACCGCCCGGGCCGCAAGGUCGCCAUGGUCUGCGACGACAACGGCGACGGCGUCUACUGGACCGGCUACGUCCGGAACGCGAAGGCCCCGAAGGCCAAGGCCGGCAGCGUCGCGUACAUCAUCUGCUUCCCGGACUACCCGGGCGCGGAGGAGCUCGCGAACGGCCUCGCCCUCGCGGACGAGCUGGGCUCCGCCGGCACGUGGCGGUCAACAGUGCACAAUUUGAUUCACGUUGCCACGCUAGAACAAGAGAGGGCGAAGAAACAUGAAAAGAUCAUGCAAGAUUUUAUUACUGAAGCACGAUUUCAAGCUGCUUUGCUGCUCAAGGCCAACGCGAGUGAGCUCAAAGUAGCUAUGCGAAAAAUGCAAGCUGCAAUCCUACGCGUCAAGAGCAGCACCUACAGCCGCGAUGAGAUUCAUCGGCUCUUGCGACACCAACGUAUUGAGACAAAUUCAGAGACAGGUGCCGUCAAAUUUGGAUUCCCGUGCGAGAGCUUUCACACAAGCUUGGCAGAAGUAUCGUCGCACUCUAAUCUUUCCCAAAAAAUGGAGGCUCAUAUGGCUGACACGAAAGACAAGCACAGGUCUUUGGAGGAUCGUUUAGCAAUAGUUGAAGAUAGGAUUAGGCGCCUGGAAUCAGUGCGAUCUGGCUUGCAUUCAGAAAAAACAAUAUUCCCCCCCGAUGCCAUGUGCACUUCGAAGCAGAAUGUUCUGCGCCCGGUGCGCACAGUCGAAACAAAUGGCGAGUCUCAUAACUCCAGAGAACCCACUGAACCCCCUAUCGCGAUGGAGCUUAGCACCCCAAUACUUGGACUGAAAGUGGUAAAAGAACCCGCCGUUGCUGCAAGCUCAGAUUCAACUCUCAGAGAAUUUGAUUUGCAUAGAAUCUCAGAGCAAGGAUCUCGAACCAUGUUGAAAGUCCAAGAGCAGCAGAUGCAGUUGGAUGGACUCCUCAAUCAGCUGCGAAGCCUAGACGAAGCUAUAAGUAACAUCGCGGAAAAGCUCAGCAGCAGGAACAAUGCCAACGCAAUCGAUCACUUCACUGAGGUUGACACGCGCCUGCAGUCUCUUGCUGAGCAGGUGGUCCAGCUUAUUGGGGGCGAGCACGCUCGGGUGACGCAGACAGAACGCAAAGUGGCCGAUCUGACAGACAGCUACUCACGAGUUGAUCAAGAAAGCAAGGCUCUUCGGGAGCAACUUAUGCGCCAGCAACAGCACACAAGCCUGCAAAUCGAAGAGAUAUUCGAUAGUAUACAGGUCGAAAGGCAGCUUUUGCUCGGAGAACUAAGGAGACAUCAAGAUCUUUAUCGUGAUAUGUUGUGUGAGUACACCCUCCUCCUGCACGACAACUUCAAAGCAGCUCGGCAGUCUGACCGGAGGAAUUCCGAUUCCCUUAGCUUAGAUUGUUGUGACAAAUUUAACCACUCGCCAUUAUCACUUCCAAUGCGUGGUGGGCGUCGUGCGAUGACAUCUGGGGCAAUGCUGCUUGAAAAUUUGAAAUUAAAAGAGGAGAAUUCUCGGUUGAAAAGCAAGCAACAGGCGUCGAGAACAGAAGAUCAGCGGCUUUCCGCAGGUUACUCAGGAAACAUAUCCUCUAGAGCUAGAGAGAGCCUGUGCUCCUGUGCUCACAGCCGACGUUUUGGGAGCCUCAUGAGGCCGAUACCACCAUGCCCCCGUGCAUUCUGCUGCCAAGAAAGCCAACCUUACUGGGGCCAGGUUUGUGCACGGCGAGUUGGUGGUCCCACUGGCAGGUGGGGUCGAGAUCAUAGUAAGAUGAACUUAGUCCGAGGCAGAGGCGACGCAGCCCCCCCUCGCGCUCAUUCUAAUCACAAGCUCAAUUUCGAGCAAACCGCGCGACGACUUAUCGCAACAAAUAUUGCGGAUGCCCUUCGAUGCGCCACAGACAUCCGUGAACGAAUUGAAAUCGUCCACACAUCUGAAUACGCCAACUUCUUGCGCUACCUGUUUCCUGCUUUCCGAAACGUCCUCUUGCACAGCUCCUCUGCUACGUCGGCACGUGCCGAUGAAACAGGAACGCGGUUUCGCCACGUCAUCCUCGAAAUUUUGAAUAGGCUGCCAAACAAUGAGGUGCUGAGACCUUACGCACCAGAAUUAUUGCGGGUGGCUACAGAAACAUUGUCGCGUGAUAGUGAAGAAAAUGCACUUACGUGCCUACGUAUAAUUUUUGAUCUUCACAAGAACUUUCGCCCUGCUCUUGAAGGCGAAGUCCAAUCUUUCCUUGACCUCGUGCAACGAAUUUAUCGGCUUCUACCAACAUCGAUAAAUAAGGCAUUCGCUUUUUCACUGCAACCAGCUCACCUUUCAAAACCGAAAAGUACUUCACGACGUAUCCAAAUCGCCUACUCAUGUCCUCAUCCAAGCCCUUUAGGUAUAACUUCCGAAGUCAUUUCAAUUUCAAAUCAACUGCCCGGAACAUCAGUGCUGCAUCGACAAACUCCUGUCAUGGCCUGUGAUGCCUAUUUGAAUCCCACGUUGCGCAUUCCUAGUUCGAAGCUCGCCUCUUCACCGGGACUUAUGCCGGAGGGGAUCGUAUCAACAGGUUCAGCACGCACAUCCACAAUACAGUCUGUACUUCAAGGUUUGGACUCUUUCAAGGUAUUGACAGAAUGUCCAUUGAUUGUGAUGUUGCUGUUUCAACUUUACCCGAAGUACAUUCAAGACAAUAUUCCACUACUGACACCUUUGAUGAUGGGCGGUCUUGCCCUGCGCGCACCCUUGGCUGCUUAUAAAUUACAGCGCGAGCGAUACCGAGAAUUUGUCGCAUGUCAAGUCAAGACUUUGUCAUUUUUAACUUAUCUGCUGCGUGGAUUUUCAGAAUUGAUGAAACCAUACGAAGAAGCAAUCUCCAAGGCCGUGAUCGCGCUGAUGAUUGCAUGUCCCGGAGACGCAGUUGCAACUCGAAAGGAAUUGCUUGUGGCAACUCGACACAUACUCGCUACUGAAUUUCGUCGAGGGUUCUACCGUCACGUUGACACUCUUCUCGAUGAAAAGGUGCUCAUCGGGCUUGGCCGGCCCAGUCGUGAUGCCCUACGCCCCCUUGCAUUUUCAACACUUGCAGACUUAGUUCAUCAUGUUCGUGCAGAACUAAACCUUUCCCAACUGUCUCGCGUGGUGUUGCUAUUCUCGAGAAAUUUGCAUGACCCGCGACUCCCCUUGAAUGUGCAGACGACAUCUGUUCGAUUACUACUCAAUCUAGUUGAUUUUGUUUUUCACAACAGAGAUGCAGAUAUUAGCAAAGGGCAACGCCUGCUCGUCCAUAUUCUUCAAACAUUGGUGUCUAAAUUUGACACUUUGCGCUUUCUCAUUCAUAAGAUCGGUUGCGACAAUAGCUCGCUGGAUACCUGUUGCGAUUCAAAUUGUCGGCCUGGUCGUCAUAAAACAGUGGAGGGCUCCACAGAUAAGCCUGGAUCAAGGCACCAAAAUCUUUAUCUUGGUUGCAGUAGCGUCGUCCUACCUGCAAAAAUAGAAUCUAUGGCUGAUGUGAAACCACUCAUCCAGAUGUUGAUUCGCGGCCUGAAGACUGUGAUGUGGUGCAUAUCCCAUUAUCAGCAAAGUCAGAGAUCUGGCGAAGUGCCCAAAAAAAUCAACAUAACGCCUGAGGAUAGACAACCCCGAAGUGUGGCAAUAGAAAGUCGCCCUCGCCCGACAGCACGAAAGCAGCCACAUGUGCUCUCCCAAAAUGAAGCUGAGUACAUCAGUCUGUUUUUCUACUGGGGGUUGUUAUGUUGUCGCGCGAUCUCAAGUAGUUGCGAACUGCAGGAAUUCGAGUUGAAGGAGGUUCUAGAUAAUUUUGCCGGCGCCUUCACCGUUCUUGAUAGCUUCAAUUUUCGGUCGACAGUGGGUCAACACAUUCCCAUGCUCUUUGAUGCCAUGCUUGGAUCAUCAGCACUCCUGGCUAUCGCACAGACGCUCCUUGCCAAUUCAAAUGUAUCUGCCACAUUCGCUGACAUUCUUGUCGGUUUCUUAGUGAGGAAACUCAGCAAUCUCUCUAGUUUUCAAUUUCCGCAUGAGAAUCCUUCGCCUCGACUAGUGCCCUCCAAAAUCUUCGAUAACGGAACAUAUCCCACGUCAACUACCAAAAUCGCUCCCUGUUUUGGAGCAUCAACGCUCUUACGCCUGCUUCGGAUCAUCCUUGGCUCUGUGGCGCUCUUCCCUAAGAAUGAGGUGGUGCUCCGUGGCCAAUUACGUAAACUGAUCAUCGCAUGUUUGCAGCAUGCUGCUGCCACAAAUAAUCCCAUUGCUUAUUUUUUCCUUCUACGUUCAAUCUUUAGAUCUGUUUCCAGCUGCGUUUCUUCAAGAGGCGUGCACUCGGAGUUGGGUGAUAUUGCUCCAUCCAUUUUAAAAGUUCUAUUUCAGCUACGUCUCCGUACUAAGGGAGCGUCUACGGCCCAUUUCAUUCUUACAGAACUUUGUAUGACUGUGCCAAUGUCUCUCGCUGCUCAAGUACCAUUUAUUCCACGCCUUCUACCUUUAUUGGUAGAAGCCCUGCAGGCAAUAUCUGGCGACCUUCCGUCACUGGCACUUAGGACGCUCGAGUACUUUCUCGACCAUUUGGGAUCAUCACGCACAUGCUCCCUGCUGGCAGGGCAGCCUCGAUUGCAGUAUAUGAUGCUCAUCGGUGUUUGUAGUCAUCUCAAGCCGGCCCCAUACACACUUGGUACCAUCGCUCUUCGCAUACUAGGCAAGCUUGGCGGGCGAAAUCGACACUUCCUUGCAUUGAUUGGUGAUUCACUGCCCGAUUUGUCACAACGCCGCGAAGUUCAUAUCGAGACAAAUGCCAGCUUAACGCAUAAUUCUAAGACGAAUCAUGUCAAACAUAACCUUGCAAUAUUCUCACCAAUUUCAUCCUUGAGACUCUUGAUGAAAUGGCGCGCAGUCCCCUGCUCUACGCAUUCAGUAAAUAUUCAAGAUGCGUACUCGGUUGGUAGUUGGUUUGCACUAGAUAUUGAUAAUUACCUGACCGAUGCAUGCGAGCUUUUUAACUCGCUCGUCAGGCUGAAUUUCCUGGAACAUAAUUCCGUGCAAAGCUCUUUCCAAAGUUAUCCACCUCUUUUGCUUCGCUAUCAAAAAAUGUGCUUCCGUCUACUUGCGAGCGGUCUAUGCUCCUUGUUUGACCUUCCAGCAGAAGCAAAAAUACCCAAGUACGAGUGCAAUAAGCCGCAGAGAAAACAACAAGUAGAUUUCUACAACUGCAAAGUGAUGGAGGCACGAGUGUGUGAUUUUGCGAACAUCCGACUGUGCCAACUGCUGUACUCAGUCGUCUGCGCGGCAGCUCACCGAAUGCUAGAAGCAGAGGCGACUCCCUUGCUCCGAGCCUUCGCUUUUUUGUUUGCCAUGCUCACUCACUAUACCCCUACAUCUUCCACCGAGUUUCUCUCGCGUAGAAAUCAGGACUGCGAGGAGCAGCUAGGUAAGGUCAAACUCCAGCAUGCACACGGCAAAAAGCACUUCCAAGCACCUGGAGAUGGGAAAUUGUCCAUCCAUUCGUUCACCUCAACUCUACUUGAAGCUAUAACAGAUAGUUGUUCUUUGGUUGCAAGUACCGCACUAGGAUCCCUGAAGUUUCACCUAGGGUGCAUUUAUUCACUUGAGCUGCGAUCGUUACCAGCACCGAGAUCGAUUCUAAUCACUGAUCUCAUCACAAGAAUAUGUCUGUCGCUAUCUGAAUGGGAAAUUAAGUCUCGUAGAAGUGUUUGCCAAACAUUAUAUGAACUACUUGCAACAUUUGGUCAUGCUUGGGCACGUCCAAAUAAAGACGUACUAGCUGCUGCCCUUAUAAGUGCUCUCGAUGACGAAGCCGACAUCACCCUUCUCACCCAUGGUGGUAUCAUUCAAACUCUGCAUGCGCUCUUACAAAUUUCGCACAACACGAUGGAUGAAACACGCCUGGUGAACGUGUUUGUACGUGAACUAUCAAACAAAGCGGCUGCUGCCCGUCUAGGCGCUCAAAGUGGUCUUAUUGAGCUGAACAGGCAAGCUAAAUUGCCCGAGCUUUCAUCGCAAAUACUGAAGCCAAUAGCUGCUAGUUCAGCGCAUAUCCUUGCUAAAUGUCACCUGGGUUUGAGUGCCCCAAUUGACUGUACCAUAGGAGCCCUUGAUGCCUUGAGUUUCAUGUUAUCUUUACACCCCCCAGCAAUUUUACCAAAUCCAGGACUACAUAGCAAUUUACUGAACAUACUCGAAAAAGAACGCCACUGUCUUCCAGCUCAUUAUGCUCUCUGGUCUCUACAGCCAAAUUGUUACCUCGGGUGGAUGUCGAAGUCGGCUACGUUUUCUUUCGUGCUAAAUCAUUCCAUACUGUGCCUCGGGAAAUCAUCAGCCUGUAGCCGGACCGAUUAUCUGCGUGCAAUGGCCCUGAGGGCUCUGCAUGCCUCAAUUCGAGCUGCCAAGUCGGUUGCGAUGACUGCAGUGAGUAAAGUGCCCAGUGAACACGCACGUGCCAAAUUCAACGAAGUGCUAUUAAGCUCUCUACCGUUAAACCAUUUGCGCAAAACUUUGGAUUUGGCACUAGAGUCAGCUAGAAUUGACGAUGCCUAUAUCUUGAAUCUCACGUCCACCUCCUUGCUUUGUGAAGUCCUAGCACUGAGACAACUUCCUCUAAUGAACGCUUGUAGUGCAUACGUGCGCCAAUCGCUUGAUGCCGUGAAUCAAGGUAGUGCCACUCUACAGUUCUUGAGCAGCUUCGAACGAAUGAUCUCGCUACCAGUACUUGACGAAAUUCAGUCCCUUGAAAUUGCUCGGUGUCUAUUGAAUCACCUUCAAGAGUUUUGUAACCCGGACGGGCUCAAGGGAAUGCGCUCCUGGAUAGCCAACCCACCCUUGGAGCUCGCAGCAAAACUGCUGCACCUUAUUUCAAGACUCCUUACUUGCGGUCACGAGAGCACUGAAUGCGUAUCAACUUUCCUCAAGUCAGUCGUUUGCACUGUGCUUCAGCUAGAGGCAGUCUUAUCGAAGUAUUUUGAUCAAGACGUUCAGGGAAUCAAAACUCCAGUUAACACAAUGCACCUAUUAUCUCCUCUCUCUGCUGCCAACUUCGGCCUAAUCAGGCUUGGACCAUCACCCUUCAGAUUUGCUUUGGCUCAAUUCCUAUCGUGUCACGCAACGGCGGCAACUCAUUAUUUCUUCAACCUUACCAACAUAGUCAAUCCCGAACACAUUUCUCUAUUGAGCUUUGUUGUCUCUGUCCGAGAAGCAGCUGAACUUCGCAUGCGCGUGAUGAGCUCUGAUGGGAUUGAACUUCUGUUGAAUGCAGCAUUCCGAAGACCUAUCAGUUCCAUCACGCAAAGGUCUCGUGUACACGAGCGCAUGAAACACUCACAUCCUGCAAUUCUGUUUACUUGGCAAGACAAACAUCAGCUGAUACCUGACCUGGAAGCAUUAAAUUCUCGACCUGCAGCAAAGCUAGCUAAUCGGAGCUCGUUCGCAGAUGGUUCUUCCUUACCGAGGCUUAGUUUUGAGGAAAGAGUUGAAAAGAAGGAUCAACCCGUGGGCCUCACUUCAGUGCACGUUCGGCCAGUAGAUUCUUCAGUUUCAGUUAGAGAAAGCUCCGUGGAGGUCGAUCAGCGCUUGCCCGCAAGUAUUCUUAACGCUGAUACAGCUCACGAUCAGAUGGCCAAGUCAAAGUCAAAAGAAGCGCAGUUCUAUGGGCUGAAGCUUAUUAUGGCUUUGUAUCAUCUAGAUAUCCACCUCUUCAGCCGCCAUAAGCUUGCAGGACAUUGUAUUAUCAUGCUCUGGCGUGCACACAUGUUGAGAGCGGAUGAGCGCGCCACCAAUUCAGAACUAACUUCUCAAAUGCAAGACGAACUAAUCUUACGCUGUCACAAAGAAACUUUUUUGAUGAUUCAGGGCAUGAUAGGCUACUGCCGCUCAUAUCAAGAGGAUGUACAUGUGUUAUUCGACAUGCUUUCUGUCUUCAUGAUGCAAAGCCCAGUGGACUUCACCUUCUUGAAAGAUUUCUAUCGUGAGGAGGUAGCCGUGAUCUGGGAACCUCGCAACAAACAAAAAUUAAUGCUAUUGUUUCUGCGUGCUCUUGUUGAUUAUCACGUUGCGAUGGACUUAAAAGUCGUAGCCUUACGUCUGGUUGUUACACCCAUGCUUAUUACAACAUUUACAGGUGCCCGGAAGCUUGACACCCCGCAGACUAUAAUGGAAGCGGGACUGGAAAGCACGCGUGUCGUGGAUUCAGAUAUGUUGGCACUAUUUAUGCGUUCUGCGCUUGACACUGCUAAUCGACAAACACGACAUUACAGUGAAGCUCUUCGUGUGGAGCUGUUAAAGUUGACCACCGUUUUGAUUGAACACCUUGGACAAGAGCUCGUCGAACAUCGCAAGGACUUGAUCAAAUUCGCUUGGAAUCAUCUCAAGUCUGACGACUCGCUUUCGAAGCAAUGGGCCUACGUCAACGUAUAUCACUGGGUCUACGUUGCACUUUUGCGAACAUUCCAGCCCGAGGCACGUGAACUAGUCAAGGUUGCUCUAGACAUCCUUAUACCUGCCUUACCAAAACGCUUGCCGAUGGCCGACUUCAUCAAAGCCAUCAAAUGGACCAAAAAGAUAAUGUACGAAGAAGGACACGCGCUCGCUCAACUGGUCCACAUGUGGCAGCUAGUGGUACGCCACCCAACAUUAUUCUAUCCAUAUCGCUCGCAGUUCAUGCCGCAGAUGGUGAAUUCGUUGAAUCGUUUAGGACUACCCCCAAACUGUCCCGUCGAAAACAGGCAACUUGCAGUCGCACUUGCUGAUCUAAUAUUGAACUGGGAGUCUCAGCGGCUAGACGAUAGCAAGCCACGCAACGCCCCCAGCACAGUUGGUUCACAGCUGCUGCCUGAAAAAAAGCCUGUUUCCCCUGGUCAUUCAACCCGUCCGGUACCGGCACUAUCAGAAGACGAAUUUCAUCUAACCAUGACUAUGAUUGAGAUGGUUGCGAACUUUCUUGUUCGGCUGGCCCUCUUCGCAUCAGACAACAAGGAGCCAGCCGUGCAACGCUUAGCACCAAGAUGCCUUUUCUUGUUCAAAACAACUAUAGAAGCUUGGCCCAAUGUGCACAUUCGUUUUUCCUACUUCGAAAAACUGAUUGCAACGUCCAAUACUCGCUUAGACCUUGGUGCUAAUGACUCACCAUAUUCGCCAACCCUCCUGGCAACAUGCUUGGAUGUCAUUCACAUCACGCUUGGUGUUGCCCAAAUUUUCUUGCGACACCACUUAAACUCAAUACAAAAAUGUGGUGCGUUGGAACCGCCCACCUGCUACGCUACCCCCGUAAUGUCGGUACUUGCACGCGCUAUCAAAUCGAGGCUCAGCCUUAGUGAAACCGAGCAAGUUCAAGGUGAAACUGUUCAGGGGGGUAGCGCAAUUACUGCGUUGUGUACCUGCAUCUUGCUUCUAGCUCAGGCGGUCACGGACAACAUCAUAGUUGGGAUUCGGCGUGAGCUUGUUGUGCUAGUUCCUUCCAUAGAGCUACUGCUUUGUGUCUCGAAGCUGGCUAGCAUCUGGCUCACAAAUCAAUACAGGACAGCAUGUAGUUAUAUAUCGGAACGACGAGAAACACUACAACAAUUUAUCGAGCCUCUCAAAGAACUAAUUCACGCGCACUUAAGACUAGCCGAGCGGGUCUGGGAAGACCUUCUACCCCAAGUAUGUCACGUCGUUGAAGGCGACCAGAGACAUACGUGGGAAGUUGCGCUGACAGAUGCCAUCUUCAACCAAGUUACAGCAGUGUAUCACCAACCCAGGCUCAAGGUACCGUCUUUACUCCUGGGUGACGAGAGGAGUGUCGAGCUUAUCAACAUGGCACACUAUUACGAGACUAAUCACAAUUUCUCUGUGGCUCGCUUUUCACCUGCAUCAUCUGGUGCGCACAGCUGUUUUCUCUUCGACUCAAUGGAAACCAUCAUCCCACCACCAAAUGUGCCACGAACACUGCUUCGCGCGUGUUAUGAUCUGCUACCAAAGUGUCUCGCUACCAGCAAGAACAACUCCAAGCCUCUCGGAUUAUUAAGAGCGACUGCCUCCAAGUACAAUUGCCGCCAUGAAGCCCUGUACAUGAUGGAAGAAGCUGUUAUAGCACAACAAAAUUUCUCAAGUUGUUCUUCAUCGCAUAACCCAAGAAUAUCAGGCGCGCUGAUGUUCUCUGAAUUAAUGGAAGCUGAUCUUCGUGCAAGAGCUAUCAACGACAGUUGUACACAUCCCAUGUCAUCGGUUGCGUUUGCGUUACGCUGCUAUGGCUUCAUACCCCAGGCUCAAGAAGUAUUCUUCAAAAAUAUGAUCGAAAGCCUCUCGCAUGAGGCUCAACAUGAGGUAUGGGUGGAGACGAGUACCUCGGGUUUUUCAUUUGAAGCUGACGUUUGGUGUGAUGAAUGGUUGGCCUGUGCCCGUGAUAUGUCCCAAUGGGCACUUUUGGUAGAUCUACUGAAACAACCUAGCGCCCGAUCUCCGGUCUCCACAAUACUGCAAACGCCAGGCCUGCUACUUGAAGCCGCCUGGAAAAUUUACAAAUGGAACGAUGUCCGACAGGAAUUGAGUGCGGGAUCCCAACACUCGGGUCACAAUGGACACGCGUUAAAGGUUACAGGUCCCAAAACAAAGUUACUCGAAACUCGACUAGCGAUUGUUGAUGGCCGCUACAGUGAUGUAGAGCAAUUGUGCAGUGAAUGUAUACAGUUGGCAUUGAACUCAUGGUGUAAUCUGCCCAGACCGCGUUUAGGGCUUGCUACUCAUGACCCAUUACUACAUCUCUUUCACGAGCUUAUUGAAGUGCAUGAGAGUGGUCAGCUCCUCAACGAAGCAAUACAGCACUCUCGUGCUCUCACCUACCCAGAUCUGCGCACAGUCGCGCACACUUGGAGAGAUCGAUUGCCAAAUGAGUGGGAUAGCAUUUCAGACUGGGAUGAUGUCAUGCGAUGGCGGGCACACGUCUUCCAAUCAGUACAAAAAGCAUUUGUAUCCUGGGGUACCGCUGAUCAUAUAUCAGAGCUCCACGACGCACCUUGGACGGUUGCCAUGUUGACACGCGUAGCUCGCAAGCAGGGGCUUGUGCAGGCGAUCCAGACAAUCAAGCACGCCUCCGAUGCAAAUGGAACGUGCAAUGACUUACGAAUGAAUGUAUCCGAUGCGUUUAGUAAAUUGCGAGAGCGCAUCCUGGCUUAUGACACAAAAGACGGUUUGGUCAAGUGUAAUAAUGCGGGACAUGAGGCGCGUACCCGUGCCCAGGCUGGGCUAUAUCUCAUAAAAAAUACUGCGAUCGACCUGUUCAAUACAGAACAGCGCUCUGAACUCCUCAGACUGAAGGCACUCUAUCAAGGCGUCCUUGGACAGUAUCGGGACGCCCACAGCACAUUUUCUGCUGCAACAAACGCGUGUAACACAUACGGCCGAGCAUGGUACUCUUGGGGUGCAUUGUGCGAUGCGAAUUCCGCUAUUGAAGUGUCUUCAAAUUCAUUCAGACAUUUGGUUCAGAACUCGUUCACAUGCUACCUUGCGGCUGUUGAAUGUGGCUAUGCACAUGCCUUCGUCAGUGGGAUGGCUCGCAUUUUGUGUUUGCUUCGACUCGAUGGGCAACAUCUUGACCUUGCGGAGAAAUUCCAUGCUCGAAUACAUAAUAUACCCAUUACUGCAUGGGUUCCAUGGAUUCCACAGCUAUUAGUGAUGCUUGAUGUAAAUCACAUACAGCAUGUUAUCUGUUCACUCACUGCGUGUCUACCCCAGGCAGUAUACUAUUCUCUGCAGCCACAGCUUCUGCCGAACAUUAAUCGUGCAUCCGAGCUAUCAAGACUGCAUGCUCAUCAGGUCAUAACUCAUUUCCGUUUCAGCAGUGCAAAACUUGCCGCAGAAAUGGAUAUUUUGAGCGGAGAAAUUAUUCUUGGCGUACGACCUAGUCCAACUGAGGAGCUCUUGCAUCUCCUUUUCGUGAUUCUGACUCAAUGCCAUAAUACUUCCAUUGAGGUGGAGUGCGAAGGACCGUGUGAAGUGUACCAGCUUCUGCACAAGGUUAGCGUGAGAUAUACUCAUCAGCUUCAAUAUGAUGUAUUUGAUAACCAUGAUAUGUGGGGCAAGGUGCCGGCAUCCGAACAUGUUGCUUCAAAACUUGUAGAGCGUAAUGCGAUUCGAACCUCUGCAAAUCAUGCCGAUCUGGCAAGUCCUCAAUCGCUGACCGGGCGCCUUCAAAGUUGGAGUCGUGUCCUCGCAAGUCAUUUAAAUAGGGUUCUAACGUACAAGAAUCCAUAUUCUAUUUGUUCUACGUUAUCCAAACUGCAAUAUGAGCAGGAAGAUCCUGAGUGCUGCCAGUCUAGGCUUGCUGUAGCUCAGUUUCUAGAAAUCCCUGGACAAUAUACAAACUCUUUUGGCACUCUUCGGCCUGAGUUGCAUUUGCCAUUACUCAAGUUUGAAGCUCAUGCCAACAUCAGAAUCCGGCGCGGUAGAGUCAUGCGGCGCCUAAGAUUCGUCGCUGACGAGGGCCGCGUGCAAGCAUUUGUAUCUUCGGUGAAAUCAAAAAACCAUGCAUUUGUCAACGAACGCGUAUGCCAAUUUUUUGGUAUAGUUGAUGUUGCACUCACGCAGUGUAGCGAAGCACAGCGGCGUCGUCUUAGGGUUUCACCGAUGGGGUUGGUUAGAUUUGCUUCAAACAUACAGCUCACUGAAGAUAGAUGGUCUUGGACGAACCUCCACGAAGUCAAUGAAUCACGACUAUCAAUACUCGGCAAAACCCGAGAUUCACUCGCUUCUCCAGGAGGAAUGAGAGUUGAGCCGUUGGUCUCCAAGCUGCGUUCUCUUGAUCGAUCACUGCAUGAAGCUGAAGAUAGCGCGCGAAAGGCUUUAUACAAUAGAAUUUGUAGCAAUAAUGUCGAUGCAGACACGUUUUGUAAGCAUGUGUCAGCCAGUCUGGAGGGUAUAGAGGCAGUAUGGACUUACCGGAGGACAUUUGCUACGCAGCUUGCAGUUCCAUCAAUUUUGGGAUUCAUCCUUGCAGUUGGAAAUCGUGCGGCCCACACCGCCAUAUUUUGUCAAUACAGCGGACGUGUUUGUGCAGCAGAUUUCCACCCAUGUAUUUCCUCUGCCUCGAGCUAUCCAGAGCCGCAUUUAAGCGAGAUGCCAUUUCGACUAACUCGCAACAUUGAACGUGUGUUGCAGCCAUUUCUCUUCAACGGAGUCUUCAAAUCGUCAUUAGGGUCCAUAUCAUUUGCCUUGCAACACACCUUGGAACCUGGAGGGUUUCUCGAACCCUACGUCUAUCUGUACCUUGGUGAUGAACGAACCGAUGUCAGCAGCCAAAAUCACAAGUGUCUGUAUCACGGUCCCAAAAAGUCCGGCAUCCCAUACUGUGGACAGCAAGUUAUUGUUUUACAACUGUUGGUUAGAGCGCUAUUGAAGCUAUACUCUAGCGACAUGGUCGUCUCCGCCUCGUCAAUUCGCGACAUGAGCACUGAUGAAAAGUUGCCGCGUGCAGAUUCCGAUGGAUCACUGGCGUCCAUCGACGACGCAACGAACCACGCGGAGUACAAGGUGCGGCGGUCGCGCCUUAUCGGCAUGGUGAAUUGGUGGCACGUCGCUAUGACUUUUUACCCGCGCGGCACCUCGCACGUCUUGGUGACUCUGCUUUGCUAUUUGGCCUCGCAAAUCACAUUUGAUGUGCUGACAAUUGGACCGAAUGUGCCAAUUGAGAUUGCGCUGGGAGUCUUGCGGGAAUUGCCCCCUGCUCUCUUGGACAUGUCGUGGCGUUCAACUCUUCUAGGUCUUUGUCUUGUGUGGUAUCUGGCACGGCACCACCAUCCAGUUUACCUGGUUGACUUUGUGACCUUUGAGCCGCCAGAGAGCUGGCGAUUGACUCAUGAUGAGCUGAUGACCUGCAUGCGGCGCCAACGAUGUUUCACGGAAGAGAGUAUCGCCUUUCUAAAGCGUAUUCUGGACAAGUCUGGCACUGGACAGAGGACAGCGUGGCCACCGGGGAUUACACGUUGCCUCCGAGACGAGUCGAAAACGGCGGAUCAGUCAGUAGAAGCUGCGCGUAAAGAGUCUGAGACUGUGAUAUGUGACGUUGUUCAGAGUUGUCUACAGCGCACUGGAACUUUGCCGACUGAGGUUGACAUCCUAAUAGUGAACUGCAGCCUCUUCUCUCCGACACCGUCCCUUUGCGCGAUGAUAAUGAAUCGCUUCAAGAUGUGCGAGAAUGUCAUGGCAUACAACCUGAGCGGUAUGGGUUGUUCUGCAAGUCUCAUUGGAAUCGAGCUUGCGCAGAAUGUGCUCCGCUCACACCCAAAUAAGAUUGCGCUUGUUGUCUCAACGGAAAACCUCACCCAAAAUCUCUACCAUGGUAACGAGCGCAGCAUGCUUCUCCAGAACACUCUCUUUCGCUGUGGCGGUGCCGCAAUGCUUCUAUCAAACAAGUGGCGCGAUGGUCAAAGAGCUAAGUUUAAGCUGCUUCAUGUUGUACGUACCCAGAGCACAGGCAACGAAGCAUACGACGCUGUUUACGAGUGUCAAGACGCCAGCGGCGAACAUGGGGUCAAACUUGACCGAAACAUUGUGAACAUUGCCGGCCAUACCAUGGAGAAGAAUUUCACGAUCCUAGGGCCGUAUGUUCUCCCUUUAUCGGAGCAGAUGCGUGUCGCGUAUGCCCUCGCCAAGAAAAAACUUUGCAAGUACCUUUGCAAGGCCCUACGACUCCAUAAGGAAGAAAGUCCAUCCAGGAUGACUGGGAUUCUCUCCCGCUGGAUUCCUGCCAAGAUUCCUGCUUAUGUCCCUGACUUCAAGCGCGGCAUUGACCAUUGGUGCAUCCAUGCCGGCGGCCGUGCUGUCGUUGAUGGCGUUGCCAAGAAUCUCAAGCUGCAACCUGAGCACGCCGAGCCAAGCAAAUAUGCGCUAUUUCACUAUGGAAACACAUCUUCUUCCUCCAUCUGGUACGAAAUGGAUUAUGUUCGCAAAGUGCAAAACCCUAAAAAGGGUCAUCGUAUUCUUCAGGUCGCCUUUGGCAGUGGUUUCAAAUGCAACUCGGCUGUCUGGCUCUGCCUUCAUGAGUAGCAGGGACUGCCUCCACUGGAUCAUCUUUAUCGUGACCCCUUCAAGCGUAAUAAAUACCUGGACGCGGGGAUGUUGGCAAUUUCAAGUACUGGCCUCCCCGCGCCCCCCCCGGUUUUCUUAAGUGCCGCGGAAUAGCGCCCCGGAAUGGGCCGACCGCUGGGCCGACUAGCAAUGGCCGCAUAUAUAACGGCACUCAGGGACUU